CCCUCAACAUCAUGGCCUUCCGCGGCGAACGGUUCGUCCUGGACCUGGAUUCCGAUGAUGACACCACUCCUGAAGCUCCCUACAAUGCCCCUCCGGGCUCUUCGUCCAUCUCCAUCCCUGGGAUGAUCGGCGAAAUCCGUGAACGCUCCCCCGCUGCGGCUCCCGCCCCGCCUACUCCCAAACCAAGCACCACCGGCUUCCCAGCUCAUCGCCGUCGCGCCAAGCCAUCAGCAUUCAAACAGCGACGUGCUCCGGCUGCACCAGCGUCUGCCCCCUCUCCAGGCCCGACGGACGAGAAAACGGUCAUCGCAGAGGAAAACGAGCGGCAGUUGGCAUCCAUGUCGGAUGCGCAGAUCCAACAAGAGCGCGAGGAAUUGAUGGAAUCCAUGGACUCCUCUCUACUAGAGCGCUUUCUCCGCCGAGCCCGUAUCGAUGCUGACGACACUAUCGCCACCUCCAAGCCCGCUGCGUCGUCCUCCGCCGAACAACCAGCGGAAGCUGAGCCAACCCCUGCACCAUCACCACCAGCAACUUUGAUCUCUUCCCCUUCCUCCUCCUCCAAACCAACUCCCGCCAACGAACCCUCCCCAGACGACGUACCCCCAGCCCAAACCCCAUCCGACCUCCACGCCGCCGCCGAGCUUCCGCCCUCCGGCAGCGUUCACUUCCCAGCACCUCCAUCUCAGGCCUCACCCAUGCCCAACCUCGACCCAUCAUCACCCUCCUUCCUCUCCGAUCUCCAAACGCACUACUUCCCCAACAUCUCCCACGACCCCGCCGCGCUCUCAUGGUUGCAACCUCCUUCCGCAGACCCGGAAGACCCCGACUCGACAUCGGCCUACCAUCCCGCCAGCAACGCCGAGGCCGUCCACCCAGCCAACCUGCGCUUCUCUCUGCUCGGAACGGUCCUCUCCCCAGCAACAUCUCUCUCCCUCCCCACAACCCUCGGUCUCCACCACCACGGCAAAGACCCUCACGCCGCGGGGUACACGAUCCCCGAACUAGCCAUCCUCAGUCGCUCCACGUUCCCCGCGCAACGCUGCAUCGCAUGGCAAGUGCUGGGCCGGAUCCUCUUCCGGCUUGGAAAAGGCCAGUUUGGUGAGCGCGGUAGCCCCCUCGUCGAAGGACUAUGGUCCGUUGUGGAACGCGAGGGCGUGGUGGCGGGUAUGUUGGCGGAGGCGGACGGAGUCACAGCCGGGAGUCGCGGAGAGAAGGGCUCCACCGCAGAAGAAACCAAGGAAUCAUCUCAGGACAAAGAAUCAGCAGGUACAGGUGCCAGCGGCCGCCGACAACAUGCCAGUGCUACGGCGUGGGCUGUCGAGGGCGUCUGGUUAUGGCAGAUGGGUGGCGCCGGAGACCGGGGUGUGCUCAAGGAGGGCACUAUUCGAUCCCAGUGAUUACUCACAUCGACUGCUCUUAUCAAAAGUUGCCCAAAUUAAUAUGAUCAUGAUAUGAUAUGAUGAGACGAUGAAUCAGUAUUGUAUUGGUAUCACUCCCGCUUAUCUAUAUUCCUCUCCCCCCCCCUCUUUCUCACAUGGUUGGUGUACACCGUAAAUCGCCCCAUCCAUGCAAACGACAAUAGAAUAAAGCCCUCAACCUAAUCACACAGUCCCUCAUAUCAUAAACAGAACUCCAGACAAGUCAAAUCGAGUCAAGUCGUAAGCAUAUCAUACAUCCCCGC